GAAUCACACCGCUUCCAUUGAGAUAAUCAUACUCAAACCUUUCCCUUUUAUUUUCUUUCUCACCCAAACCCUUCAACAUAUUCUCUUUUCAUCUCCUCUUACCUCUCUCGGCUUUUCCUUCGUACUCUUCACGCUAUACAUUUCUCUCACCAAUUCGAUGGCAACCGACACAGACAAACUCACCACCGUCAACAACACCACCACCGCCUCACCAUCCUCGGUGGAGGAAAACCCUAAAAACACCGUGGACACCACAGAUCUUGUCCAAAACCCUACCGCCGCGCCAUCGUCCACCGCUACCACCGUCGGGCUUAAGAAGGACGGUGAGGAUUCCAAGACGACAGCCGUCGCUGCCGUGUCUCCCGUAUCAGGGGAUGUCGCUCCGGGCACUGAUACUCUGAAGAAGAUCCGCCGAGCUGAGCGUUUCGGUAUGCCUGUACAGUUGUCUGAGCAAGAGAAGCGUAAUUCUCGAGCUGAAAGGUUUGGAACUGCAACCAAAACAAGUGCACCAGAAGUGUCAAAAACAUCUGAGGAGCUGAAGAGAAAGGCUAGAGCAGAGAGGUUUGGGCUUCCUGUGCCAACUUCAGCUGGUGACCAGGAGGAAAAAAAGAAAGCUAGGCUUGCCAGAUUUGCACCAUAUUCCAAACCAGACUCUCUGGAGGAAGAGAAAAGAAAAGCAAGGGCACUUCGUUUCUCAGGAACUCCAUCCAGUUCUCUGUCACAAGUAAAUGGCCAGGGAAAUAUUGAACCAAAGGCAGCUAUUGCUGGCAAUGCUGGUGGAGGGACCUAAAAAAUAUCUUACAAAUUUGCAUGUUAAAGGUCUAGGUUUCUAACUUCCAGUGAUUCCCUCAGCGGCUUUUGUACCUAUGUCUACUUCCCAGUUGCAUUACUACAUCCUUUGAUAAAUUUCUGCAGGGCAGUUAAACAAGAUUUUGUGUUAGCUUUCUCUCAUAUAAGUCAACUAUAAUAUCAAUUUGCCUGCUGAGACCUAGAGUAAUCAACAUCUACCUCUGCUAUUUACUUAUCUUAAAAUCUGCUAAGAAUACCAGAAAUUCUGAAGUACGGACUUGGGGACUUUCUUCUGUUUUUGGUCAUUCUCUUUUCCCUUUAAAAAAAAAAAAAAAAAAAA